CUUCUAGAAAACUGGACAGAGGUGACUGAGUUCCUCCUGCUGGGACUGACCGAUGACCCACACCUGCAGCUUCCCCUCUUCAUCAUGUUCCUCCUCAUCUAUACCAUCACCGUGGCUGGGAACCUGGGGAUGCUCCUAGUGAUCCACUUGGACCCUCAUCUGCACACUCCCAUGUACUUUUUCCUCAGUAACAUGUCUCUGGUGGACUUUUGCUCCUCCUCAGUUGUCACUCCCAUGGUCAUGAAAGGGCUCCUUACAGGAAACAAGGUCAUUUCCUACAAUGCUUGUGCUGCUCAGAUGUUCCUAUUUGCAGCCCUCAUUGGUGUGGAAAACUAUCUCUUGACUGCCAUGGCCUAUGACCGCUAUGCAGCAGUGUGCAAGCCCCUGCACUACACCACCACCAUGAGGAGCAGUGUGUGUGCAGGUCUCAUCCUCGGCUGCUAUCUCGGUGGUUUACUGAAUGCCUGCAUCCACACUGGGGAAACCUUCAGCCUCUCCUUUUGUAAUUUCAAUGUGAUCCACCACUUUUUCUGUGAUAUUCCACCUGUCAUGGCACUCUCCUGCUCUGAUAAAUAUUUUAAUGAACGGGUUCUUUUUUAUGCUGUUAGUGUCCCUGUUUUCUUUGCCAUCCUAGUGAUCUGGAUAUCUUACUUCUUCAUUUUUACCUCCAUCUUGAAGAUGCACUCAGCUGCAGGACAUCGUAAGGCUCUGUCCACCUGUGCCUCCCACCUCACUGCCGUCUCCAUCUUCUACGGCACAGCCAUGUUCAUGUACCUGCAGCCCAGCUCCAGUCACUCCAUGGACACUGAUAAAAUUGCCUCUGUGUUCUACACCAUCGUGAUCCCCAUGCUGAAUCCACUGGUCUACAGCCUGAGGAACAAGGAGGUCAAGAGUGCAUUCUUAAAGGUCAAGAGCGCGGUCACACAAAGACAAAAUAAAGUAUAG